AUGGCAUUAGAUGAUGCUAGGAAGCGUGAAAUUAUUCAGCGAAAUGUCACUUCCGAUCUUCAGUACACUUGGGAUGAUUCUGAAGUGAGCCUGGAUUUGCAAUAUCGGUUUGCUCAGCACGACAAGCCAUUGCGUGUGUUCAUUGCCAUUGCAGAGAACACUGCCGACAUCAGAACAGCGCUGAGAACUGACUUCCAGGUGGAUCCCAAUGCAGGGGCGGAUCAAAGAGCGGAGACGGCCAAAGUAGCCAGUGCAUGGACUGCUGGGAAGCAGCUUUAUGAGAAGGAGACAGAACUACACGCUGAGAGCAAGGUCAUGGGGCUGCCAAGGAACCUACAACAUAGUGAGCGCCUGGCCAUGCUCAAGGCUGUGGAGACAUCCGUGGGAGUGUUGGCAGAACAUGACGCUCCAAGUUCAGAGUACUUGGCCGUGAAGGUGGAGGAGUGCGAGAACGGUGAAAUUCUGGCUUCAUCGCUUGAUGAGGUGACCAGCAAGGCACAUAAGAACACUUCGUCAUUGCAGACCUCACUGGAAACAGCUGGACAUGUGCGGGUUGUUAAAAACAAGACCAAGGGAUCACGUCCUAGCAACACGGAGGAAUACAGGCAGUCAUUGAAGUUGGAAGCAUUCACAUGGUUGUGCAUGGCUUCAAAGUUCAAGUCUAAACAUUGGCUUUCAGACCUCAAGAUGGAGCACUUCCAGAAGUUCAUUGACUACAUCUUGGGAGAUCGGGUGAACUCGAUCAAGGUUGCGAUCAAGCCCAGCUGGGCGUUGGUGUUGCAGUAUGAACACCGCUUGAGACGCGAGGCCUUCAAGUUGGUCAACAUGGGUGAGUCAACGCUGGGCGAAGCACUUAUCAAAGUGACAAAAGAUCCAGAUCUCAAGGAAGCGUACUUCAUGACUCCACUUGCAUUGACAGCUUCGGAGCCGCCCACAAAGUUUCAGAAGACAUCCCAGAAAGGGAACUACGACUGGAGCCCGAGACCCAAAGGAAAGGGGAAAGGCAAGUUCCAGCAGAACAAAGGCUAUGGAAAGGGCUUCAAAAGCAGUGGCCCGAAGGGAAAACACGGAGACCUGAAUUUGGUCUCACAAACUCCCGAUGGGCGAGACAUCUGCUUUGCCUUUAACUCACAGGGAUGCAACGGCAAGUGUGGGCGCGUGCAUGCAACCAAUGACACGGUCACAGGCAAGCAGGUUGGCACAGAUCCAGAAAAAAUUCAGCGGUGGCAUCGAGGCCAAAAGGUUUCGCUGGAGUGGGCUGGAAAGACGAGGGAGCUUGUUGACGGAUUUGGUCUCUGCUCUCCGACACUUUGGGAACAAACUUGCCGAGGUGCUCAUUUGGGUGCUGAAGCACGAGAGCUGUGCACAACCAUUUUUGAGAUGUUGUCUUCUUUCACCGAGCAAAAGUUUGAAGACCCCCGCAGGGAGGCGAUCAGACUGGGCCUUGGCCAUAUUGCGGCUUCACCGUUUACAAGGGAGGAGCUGGAUGCGUUGAGAGCAAUGGGCGUCCUUUCUACCUUCAAAGAGGAUGGCUUUGACAGUGCCUGA